CCAAGUGGCCCUGCCUCAAUGGACAGGCAGCACAUUGCCUGUGGAGGGCAGAGGGAGUCCACUUCUAGGAUUGGAAUUGCAAGUGUGCAUCGCCAUGCUCAGCUGAAUCAUUCCAACUCUCCUAGAUCACCUGCUGCUAUCAGUGCGCACGGAAGGAGUUGCCCUCAGACACUGCUGUUCCCUCCCUCCACCCCAAGAACUCAUUUCUCGCCAUGAAGCUGCUAUUUCUUCUCUUUCUCCUCCUUGUGUGUCUUGCUCAGAUAACAUCAGGGCGCAAAAGAAAUUCAAAUUUUCAUCAGUGUGAGAAAAUGGGUGGCAUUUGCAAGAAUCAGAAUACCCACGGAUGCUCUAUCCUGCCUGCAGAAUGCAAGAGUCGAUACAAGCACUGCUGUAGGUUGUAAUGGCAGCUUGCUGAUAUGUGCACUACUGCCUGAGAGUAGUCAACUGCUCUGAUUUCUGUGAAAUAAAACCACCAUCCUAUAUAG